AUGGGACGCCUCAAUGCGAUUCUUUUCUGGGCAAUCGUCACCCAAUUGCCCAGCGAGACGAUUGAAGAAGCGCCGCCGUCGCUAGUACAGUUUUCGCAGAAUGUGCUCCGCGAUUUCGAACAUCAAUCCAAAUUUUCUUUAGUUCAAGAGGAGUAUGAAAAACUGAAAUCGAGCAUCCGAUCCCGUCGCGAAAACGCUGCCGAGAAAUUGCGUGAAGCGGAGAUCUAUCUUGAUGAUCUCUUCACGAAACGAGUCGACGCGCUCAAGAAAAUUGUGGCGAGCGCUGAAGCGUCGGCAAAUGCAUUUGAAGAAUACAAUGAUAUGGCGCACUCGGUGGCCCAAAACGAAGCCAGGUGCGAAGUAUACAUGAAGAAGAUGAACGACUCCGAUGUGCAUUAUGUCUCGAAUUUUGUUGACGGGCAUACCAAGUCGGGAACUCAUAUCACGAUUGAAUCGUACCAAUGUGAUCCGAAUGUAAUGCGAGACUACGACUGGACGGGCACAAAACAUCUUGAAAAUGUCAUGACAGAAAACAAAAAAGAAUCGCCGGAAAUGGGACAUCAGUAUAUUGGGACAUACUCGGGAUUGACAAGGAUGUAUCCAAGAAGAAGCUGGAAAGUCGAACCAUCGCCGAUUACCAUCGACCUAUUUGAUCCAAGAUUUCGACCCUGGUUUGUCAAUGCCGAAUCUGUUCCGAAAGACGUUGUCUUCCUCAUUGACUAUUCCGGAAGUGUCAAAGGACCUACAAUGCAUCUCAUCAAGAUCACAAUGAUGUACAUUCUGUCGACACUCAAUCCCAACGAUUAUUUCUUUGGUGUUUACUUCAAUAGCCAUUUCAAUCCGAUUGUCAAUUGCUUGAAUAGGACAUUCUUGCCAGCGACGACGAGCAAUAAAAAGGUGUUUUUCGAGGAACUUGGAUUGCUCGAGGAAAAAGACCAAGCGCACUUUGCUCAGCCAUUGAAAUUCUCUUUGGAUGUUUUGCGAGGGAAUCUCGAAUCAAAUCAUUCAAUAUUUUCGGGAUAUCGUUCAGAAGGCCAUAAGUUGCUUAUUAUUUUUACCGACGGAGUUGAUGAAUGGCCUCAUCAGGUGCUCGAUGAGGAAUUUCAAACAAGAAACAACGAAUUGAUUAGGAUAUUUGGAUUUUCAAUGGGUUACGGUACCAAUCAACUUCCCCUUCAAAAAUAUAUGGCUUGCAAAUCUAGCGGAGGGUAUUCAGAAAUUGAUUCUAUAAUGGACGUCAAACCACAAUCUAGAAUGUUUUUGAAUGUAUUAAGCAGUGUUCGUGGCGAGACCCUCAGAACAGUCCCAGUUGAGAAACGACAACCUAGUUGGACUCAAUUGUAUAUGGAAGCACAAGGUCUUGGACCGACAAUAACACUUUCAAUGCCAAUUUUAGCGAGCGAUCAUUCAAUUUGGGGACAACAAAAAAUUGCUGGCAUUGCUGCGAUCGAUAUUUCAAUUCGCGAGCUCACCAAUUCGCUUCCACUCACUAGUGAAGACAUGUAUGCCUAUAUUGUCGACAACAACGGUGUGCUCGUUUAUCAUCCUAGUUUGAAUAUUCCAAAAACCGAAGUGCAUUGCGUGCGAAGAAGUGCUUGUUAUGAUGCUUCUCAAGUGAAAAUGAAGGCUGGAUCGGGACUUCGAGUGCAAUAUGGGUUCAGUGAUGAGCGAGUCUAUCGACUUGUUGGCUUGAUUGACAGCAUCCCAACUAUCGAUAUGUAUGACUUGGAAGCUGAUCUAACUGCCGUCAAAGAUCUGAGAAGAAGAAUCACUACGAAAACUUGUCAUGAGGAACCGAUUAAAGAGGGCUCCAAGGAGUAUUAUUGCGCCAAUUUGAAGAACUCGCCGUACACUAUUGUAGUUGUUCUCGACAAAAAUUUGAGCAGCCUUCACUAUGACGAUGACAUUGAAGAAAUUCCAAUCAUCAAUAAUAAGCUGGUGACAUUCUUAUACCCACGAAGAGAUGUUUGCGAUUGGAAACUUGAUUCGUAUAGUGUUGUCGAUCGGUAUGCCGCCUGGGCCCAUUUAUCACAAACCGAUGCGUGCAGCAAACACGAUAUGAGACUGGCGAGGGCACUGUCCAAUGGAAUGACAAAAUGGGCACAAGCAUGGCCGUAUUCUGAUGUGGAAAUUCCGUGCACAAAAACAUUGUUGCCUCGCAAUGCGUCAGCCCUUCAUUACGUCAACACUUUUAUUCAUACCCGAAAGAAAAUUGCUGCGUUUUAUCCAGCGUGUUCAAUCUCAAACAUGAAACAAAUCGUUAAGAAAUUCGACAACGAAGUUCAAGAGAUGGAUAAUUACGAUUUUCUUCAAUUCUCAAUGCGGGCCGGCAAUCUUUUCAUGUACAGAACUAUUGCCGAUUAUAACAACAAUCGUCUUGCGGUCGUCGGAACACAAUGGCGCGAAAAUUAUUUGGAUGAAUAUUUUACGAAUUUCACUUCAAAACACGACGAUUGGAAUAUAUGCAAGAAGCAAGAAUGUUCACUUAUCACCAGAAAUGGACAUGUCGUCGCGUCGUCGUCAACAAGAAGAGUCGCUCAUCUGUCGAAAUUCGAUCCGCAAUUGUUCGAGUCUCUCGUUAAAGGGAAUCUCGUUGCUGUCAAUACGUGGGUGGAUGUGCAAGCUGAAUGUAUGGCGAAGAGAACGGCACCUUGGAGCAGCCCAGCUCCAGGACCAAGCAAUUUGCUCAGACAUUCCGUUCAAUUCUUGUUCGAAACGUUCAAGAUGUCAUUUUGGAAAAAUCUGUUCGAGAGCCUUGCACUUUUCGUUGACGCACAACCAUCGAUGACUGGAAAAACUUGCACGUUCCAACGGAUCAAGCCAUUCGAGCGAUGCUCUGUCAAACAUUUCCAUUAUCGAAUGACGCUGAACAUCACCAAACAACUUCAGCUCGUCGGAAUGUCGACGUGUUCUAGGUAUGCAAUGUUGUAUCCGGUGCCAAACACGGCACUCUCGCUCAUUAUUGCGGAUCGUGCGUGCUCAAUGUACAAACCGAAAAAGAGAUAUGAGUCGGAUCAAAAGAAAUUGGAGAAAUGUGACGUAAUUCACUCGAACCCGCGCCGCCCACCUCCAAUUUUGGAUGAUUGGAAAAUCCAUCGACAGGAAAGCUACGUGGAUUGCGAGACGGAAAUCUCAUUGUCGAAACGAUCAACUUUCUACAUUACAAUCUCGAUUUAUCUACUACUUUUAUGCAUAAUUUAUUAG